GCCCGCGCUGAUGCGUCUCUGCGCCUGGUACCUCUACGGGGAGAAGCGCCGGGGCUACGCCAUCAACCCGGUGGCUAACUUCCACCUGCAGAAUGGCGCCGUCCUGUGGAGGCUUAACUGGCAAGCUGACACCAGUGCCAGGGGCAUAACCGCCUCCUGUGGGAUGAUGGUGAAUUAUCGGUACUUCCUCGAAGAGACCACCGCCAACAGCGCCAGCUACCUGGGGUCAAAGGUCAUUGCCACUUCCGAUCAGGUGCAGAACCUGGUCUCCCAGUUUCAAAAGAUGAGCAAGCUCUAACGCAUCUGCUGUCUGUUUCCAGGUAGCCUAGCAAGCCAUGUUUGCAGAGUGAUUUCGUCACUGGGAAAGGAACUGGAAAGGUCAUUUCCUCCAACAUGUUUUUUUUCCUCUUCUCAGCUCAUACAGGUCAUUGAUCAUUUGUAAUCACUCUUCAGGGCUUCUUUGAAUUCCGUUGUCUCCGACACGUCUAUUAAUAUUUACAAUAAAGCUAGCUUUGUCUCUAAAUUGAUGAACAGGUGACAGUUUGUGCAUGUGUGUGUUUGUGAGCAAGGUCAAAAAAAGAAAGGCUGUGAAAUAAAUUGUAUUUUAAUUCCUUCGUCAGCACAAUGUGUUCCAUACUUCACAAGACCUCCACCUCCAGGUUUUUGCUGUGACACUCAAAUGUAUUUAUUCUGAGCUCUCCAGCAGAAAAACGCGCUCGUUCGACCUUGGCGUUUUUCUCCAGCAGGAUUCACUUUACCUCAUGGAGAAAAAGGAAGGAGGGUGGGGGCUUCCUUUAAAGUUUGUAGUGAAUAAAUGUAUCAGUGUAAAUAGACUGUGAAAUAGCAUUUUUUUUUUCAAAAGAUGUUAAUACAAUCGCAGAGUCCUGGGGCACCCUGAAGACUUCCAAAGUAGAACGGGAUUGCAAAAAAAAAACAUUCACUUCAAAAGAAUGAGAACUGGGAAGGAGAGAGACAGCUUUUUUAAAAAUAAAACAUUGCAAGAAAGAGGUUUUGAUGAAGAAUUCAUCCUGCCUUGCAUAUUGUUACCGUACAGCUUUUGGAACACAAGACAGUACAAAGCUGAAACUAGGAAGACCUCAAACUUGUGAUCGGCCAGGUCAGUCUCCAUGUCUUUGCAAGGAUGUUGCUUUUUUACAGUAACAUCCACAGCUCUGUUACUCACCCAGGAACCCCUUCUGAGCCAUUAAAGUUCAGAUUGCUACCCAUGGUAUAACGUUUACAGUUUUGAGAGUUUCCUUAUGAUACCGAGCACUAUACCACAUUUGUAAAACAGUACUUUAGUAUAGUCUCAGAAUUUAGGAAUAUAGAAACGAGAAGGAAUUUGUUUAUAUUGUCCCAGUGACAAAGCAGGACGGAGCAGUGUGUCGAAUAGCAACAUGCUUGGCUGUAGUUCUCAGGACAGAUUUGCAUAUUGAUUAAUCCUGAUCAUCACUCUUUACUAUACUCCCUCUCUGAGAUUUCACACAUCACGAAUGUCAAUCACUUUUUAAGAGGGAGCGAGCCCUUUUAUGGCUUUGAUGAGGAGUUCCAGAGCAUUCAGACAUUUGGGGAAUCAGACUUUUUGCAAGGAGUGACUGUGUUUCUAUGUUUGAAAUUUAAAAUCUCCUUGAGUACUGCUGGAAUUAAUCUCAGAGGAGGGAAUGGUUCGGGGUUUUGAUGAAAGUGAAAUAAAAUGACCCUCCUAUUUAAGCCUGAUAUAACAAGUCAACAUGUAAGAAUAUCUAAAAUACGCUUAUAAGGGGGAAGGUUAUUUUUUCAUCAGCAUUAAUAAAACUGUCAGUCAUGGGAGUGACAUUUAUA